UUGUCAUUAUGCUGUCUGGACCUGAUGGUACAAAACCGUACCCUUCACUUUGCUCUCUUUUGGUGCUUUAUUUUGUAUUUGUAUAGCCAUUUUCAGAACAGCAAAGGAGCAAAGCUGAAAAGAAAAGGUAUGGCGGGUGAGAAGAAAACUACAUUGAGAGGAUGCAUCAAGAAGAGCAAGGGGCCAUGGAUAGUUCAUAGAGCCACCAAAGAUGGUGGAAUAGUCACUAGGUAUCGGUUUCCGACCGAGAACGAGCGCCAAAAGAAUAAGCAAAGGGAGAGAAGGCGACGAGCGGUGGCUCAGAACAUCUUUGCAGGGCUCAAGGAGCAUGGGAAUUACAAGCUUCCUAAGCAUGCCGAUACCAAUGAUCUGUUGAAAGCUCUUUGUCAGGAGGCUGGUUGGUAUGUAGAGGAGGAUGGAACCAUUUACAGGAAGAAAACAGUGCCAUCAACAAUAUUGGCAGCCUCGAUUGAAAAUGGUGAAGCAAAAGAUCAGGAUUAUUGUACAUGCAACGAUCAUGGGAAUGUUCUUCGAGCAUCAGGAACCUUCUUGUCAGUAGGACAGUCCCAAGAAUGCAAUGGCAUCAACUUGAUGCUUUCCCUCUCCGUUUCAAAUUCCUUGACCCGCCAUGUUCCUGAGAAGGAAGGUAUGGUUUCAAACUAGCAGGAGCUUGGCAAAGAACUGGUUUAUGGUGGAAGUAUAUAUAGGAUAAAUCAUUAUCUAGUCUUUUUCUUCCUGGAUAUAAAGAAAAAACCCAGAUAGGAAAGCUAA